AUGACAAGGGAACAAUCCUUGCUGAUUGCUGAUCGAGUGGUCAUACUAGGAUAUUACCACAAAGAAGAACCAAAAGUGAGCAAAUGGGAAUUUCUAAAUAACUUUACUUACGAGGAAAUUCAGAAUAUUAUGAGACCAGUGCUAGAGAACACAAAAACGGAGGGAAAGGUACCAGUACGGAAUCUGUCGUCCAGCAUAAGGAAAAAGGAGAGUGCUCCAGAUGACCGGAAGUCAUCCCAAGGCAUUGGAAUUCUGGGAGGGUUUCUUUUGGGAUUUACUCUCAUUAUCAUCUUUAUCUCAGACGUCAUGAUUUUGAGGGUCCAUCUUGCAGCUAUGUGUCAGAAUUUAUACCGACUAUUUAAAAUCCCCCCAAAAAAGUCAAGGAUCAAGGGUAGAAAUCAAAUCUUAAAUUAAAUAAUAAUUUAUU